AUGCAAGAAAAACGACUGCGAUGGUACGGGCAUGUGAGUAGAACAGAUGAGAACCACAUCACAAGAAUGGCCAUGUCUCUGGAGCAUAGGUUAGAUACAUAGAG